AUGAUCAUCCAAACUGGCCAGCACAACCACAUCAACCUCGCGUCCUCUGCCUCUUCGACAUUACCACCACCGCCACCACCUAUCGCCACCUCUACCUCUACUAGCUUGCAAAAUCGCCAAAACAGUCGCAUUCCAAACAGUAGUAUUCCUUCCUUGGGCCGUCAAUUGAAAAGGUUGCGUGACAGCAAUACGUCGAAUCAGGCACAAGCGGCCGUUCUAGCGCUCCAACCUAUUGUCCACAAUUGGAUGCAAACCGACUCGAAACAAAAGGCUUCAGCUGUAGCGCAAGGAUCAUCAAGUGUCAACACAAACGAUACUUUCCCCGAUGCGCUUGACUUUGGCAACACUACCACCAGCAAGGGCAUUCCUGGCAACACUCCACACCAUUCUUCCAUCCCACCAAGCACUUUUCGGGCCGAUACUGGGACUCCUUCUUCUUUUUCGUCUUCUACCAAUGCCGGUGAACACUUUCAACAGCUUCGUGGGGUUCCCAUUUUAGUCUUGGCAUUCAAGGAAUGGGAAUCCUGUUCUGUGGUGGUAUCCACCAUUUUACGCAUUUUGGCAAAUUUGCUCCACAGGGAAGCCACCAUUGCCCAUGCGCUCGUCGAAAUGGGAGGCCUUCGUACCAUUGUGCGCGCCAUCUCCAAGCAGCACGAAUCCAAGAAUGAAACGGUAUUCACUGCCUGUGUGGCCUUGCUUUCCGAAUUGGCCCAGCACAUGCCGUCAACUGCUGGAUCGGAUGCCUGUCUCGCAUUGGUCGUUCACUCGUUGUGGCGAUUUCCAACGAACGGUUACUUGCAAGGGUUUGGUUGUCUCUUUAUGGAACGUGUCCUACUUCCCAAACUCCUACUCUGGGGGGUCUCUAAACCCACCACCAAGCCCUUGCCGCCGCCAUCUGGUGGCACUACUAUUGAGGGCGACUCUCCUGGUAACAACGAGGAAGUAGUGGAGGAGGAGGAUGCUUGGAGCAUUACGACCAUUCACCAAGAAGACACACUCCAGAAAGUCGUGGUCCCACUUUUGAUUCGCAUGACAAAGUACCAUCAUGGUUCUAAUCCUGCCCUCUGUCAAACCGCAGAACAUUUGUUUCAUUGUAUCAAUGAAAGAUUGAACAACAACAACAACAACAACGGGGUUGAAUUUGUCCCAACAACGAGCGAUCAAUGGAGUAGUAGCAAAUAG